UCUGACGACAUUACCAUGUCGCGGAGUCACAAAUGUCCAAAACUGGUUUUCUGUUGUUCGCUGAAGUUCUGUUUAGUAUAAAAAGUCGGCAAGCCUGGUGGUUGCAUCACAAGCCUUUGGACAAGGGUGCUGGAUAGUCACAUAUAAUUCAAAAUGAAGAGCAUCCUGAUCGUCUGCGUCCUCGCCCUGGCGGCUGCGGCCUACGCCCGUCCCGGAGAAACCUACACCGACAAGUUCGACAAUGUCAACCUGGAUGAGAUCCUGGGCAACCGCCGGCUGCUGAUCCCUUACCUGAAGUGCGUGCUCGAACAGGGCAAGUGCACUCCUGAUGGCAAGGAGCUGAAAUCGCACAUCCGCGACGCCCUAGAGAACAACUGUGCCAAAUGCACCGAAACCCAGCGUCGCGGCACCCGCCGGGUGCUCGCGCACCUCAUCAACAACGAGGCCGAUUACUGGAACCAGCUCUGUGCCAAGUACGAUCCCGACCGCAAGUACGUCACCAAGUACGAGGCGGAUCUCAAGACUGUCGUCAAGGCUUAGACUGACAUGUGAUAUGUGAUAUUAUUGUAGGUUAUAGUGAAAUAAAUUAUUUUUGUUAA